GGCGCCUCGCUCCGCCAUGGGCGCGCAGUAGCCGCGGGGCAGCCGACACGGGCAGCGGGAUGGGAGCGCAGCGCCGGGCGCCGGAGCCUGCCGGGGCGGAGCGGCGGGCGUGAGGGAGCCGAGGCGCCCGCCCGGCAUGGUCGGAGCCCCCGGCCCGCCUCGCCCAGCGCCCUGCAGCUUCCCCGGGGCGGGGAGCCCCCGACAGGUCCCGCUCCGGCCCGCAGCCGCCCGCUCCGGGAUCGCGGCGUCCCCGCUCCGGCCCCUGGAUUGCUCCGGCCCCGCCUGAGGAGCUGUGCCCGCCCGGGGCUCGCCUGACCUUCUGCAUGGCGCCCUGAGCCGCCCCGCUGCUGGGAACCCCAGAGCCGGCGGGAGACCUGCGGGGACCGGGCGGGACUGGGAACCGGACCGUCCCGAACUGCUCCCCCGCCCGGAGUGACCGGACAUUGCCGCGCUGGGAAGGAGCUUUGUGGGGUGGUUUGUUGCCGGCGUGGAGCUGGAGGUCUGGGCGGUCGGUCCCCGCAGUUUGGGCUGACGGAGCGGGGCUGAGCGCCGGGGAGUUUCAGAGCGGACCGGAUCGCUGCUGGGGACCGCUCCGAUGGAAAUACACUGUAAGCACGACCCGUUUGCAGCAAUGCAUAGACAUGGAGGAGUGAAUCAGUUAGGGGGUGUUUUUGUGAAUGGUCGUCCACUCCCUGAUGUUGUCCGCCAAAGGAUUGUGGAACUUGCCCACCAAGGUGUCAGGCCGUGUGACAUCUCCAGGCAGCUCCGGGUCAGCCAUGGUUGUGUCAGCAAAAUUCUUGGCAGGUACUAUGAGACUGGGAGCAUUAAGCCUGGAGUGAUUGGAGGAUCCAAACCAAAGGUCGCCACACCCAAAGUCGUCGAAAAAAUUGCAGAGUAUAAACGCCAAAAUCCCACCAUGUUUGCCUGGGAGAUCAGGGAUAGACUUCUAGCCGAGCGAGUGUGUGACAAUGACACUGUACCCAGCGUCAGCUCAAUUAACAGGAUCAUACGGACUAAGGUACAGCAACCACCCAACCAGCAGGUCCCAGCCUCUAGUCACAGCAUAGCCUCCACGGGGUCCGUGACCCAAGUCUCGACAGUGAGCACUGACUCCGCAGGCUCCUCCUACUCCAUUAGUGGAAUUCUGGGAAUUACAUCCCCCAGUGCUGAAAGCAACAAACGCAAACGCGAUGAAGGUAUUCAGGAAUCUCCAAUACCAAAUGGCCAUUCCCUCCCGGGUAGAGAUUUCCUUCGGAAACAGAUGCGAGGAGAUCUUUUCACCCAGCAGCAGUUAGAAGUGUUGGAUCGAGUCUUCGAGAGGCAACAUUAUUCUGACAUCUUCACAACAACUGAACCCAUCAAACCAGAGCAGACGACAGAAUACUCAGCCAUGGCAUCAUUAGCUGGCGGAUUAGAUGAUAUGAAGGCCAAUUUAACAAGCCCUACUUCAGCAGAAUUAGGAGCCAGUGUUCCAGGACCACAAUCCUACCCUAUUGUGACAGGUCGUGAAUUGGCAAGCACAACCCUCCCAGGAUACCCUCCUCACGUCCCCCCUGCUGGACAGGGCAGCUACUCUGCUCCAACACUGACAGGAAUGGUGCCUGGGAGCGAGUUUUCUGGAAGUCCAUACAGCCACCCACAAUAUUCAACAUACAAUGACUCCUGGAGAUUUCCCAACCCUGGAUUGCUAGGCUCUCCUUAUUAUUACAGUGCUGCAGCCCGAGGAGCGGCACCCCCAGCGGCUGCUGCUGCCUAUGACCGCCACUGACCCAAGGAGUCUGGAACUCCAGCACUUACUAAACAUAUCAUCCAGGCCGACGGCAUCCGAUUCACCUAGAAAUAACCAUGCAAAUCAGACUGCAAGGAAGGAAGAUGAAAGUAUCCAGGGGGAACCCGCUGGCUGAAAUUUUACUCUUUAAACUGGGUGGACUAAUUAUUGUUAUUUUUUAAAUCAAUGAAAUUCUGGCGAUAUUAACUGGGGUCUCAUACAAAACAAAGAAACAGGAGAAACCAGGUCUGCUGCCAUUCCAUCUGAUUUGAAAGGUACAGUAGCUGCAUCCUACCCACAGCCUACUGAUCUCACUGCCUCUGGUUCUCUCCACUGCGCCUGGGGACUGGAACCAGUUCUGACUCUGAGCAGGCCACCCUGGGAUGUCUCUCUUAAGGUGCAUUGACACAGGCUGUGUGACUCAGCAUGGGCUGUCUGGCUUUUUUUUUCUCUUUUUUUCUUUUUUUUGGUAAAGAAGGAUUGGUCUGCUCAAUUUACACAGCACCAAUGUAAAUAACUUGCUUCUUUGUGUUACUUUUGAGAGUGGCUUAGCGUAAACAGCAACAUGGUACAAAUUAUGAACUCAAAACGCAUCUGAAAAAUGUGUUUUGAAACUGGUGCACUGAUUCAAAGAAUUCAGUAAGCUUUAACCAACUUUGAACCAGGUUAACAUUCAUUGUGGCUAUAUUUGGGGCUGACAUUAUUUCUAUAUACAGCGUCAUAUCUGACAGUCGUGUGUGAACAUGCUAUGAGCUGCCAUGGACCACAUGAGCAACUGAAAGACUUGGGCAGUUUGUGACAUUUUACUGCUAAAUAUUAAUUUAUGUUUAUUUGUAAUCAUAACUAGCACUGAAACAAAUUCUCUGUUUUCAAUUAAAUCACAUCAGAGAAGGAAUUCCUAAUUAAUAACUAACCCAUUAUGUACAUUUAUAUAGAUUACAAUUAUUUCUAUUUUGUAAAGAAAUGAGAACAGUCCCAAGGUGAUGAUUUUUCAAAUUGCUAUCUCAAACAGUAUUACAUUCAGGGCAGCCAUACACACUGAAACAUACAAAUGCUGCUUUACAAAUCAAAUGGAUGGAGGGGGGUGGAGGGGGGACACACAUUUGGGGAUACCCAUAUGUUUAAAUGAAGACAUUUCUCAAAGUCAUUCCUUGUACACAGUGGGCUACAGUAAAUCCAUUCCAUUGGAAUCCAUAAAGUUACACUGGGGAUAAAUUUGGCCCAUUAAUUCUGUAUAUUCUCCCUCCCUCUCAAAGAGAGAGCAUUAAUAGAACCAAGUGACAUUUUAUUCAAUGUUCUCUACUUCCCGGAGCCAAGAAACAGAAGAGGGAGCUUACAAAUGAUUGGUUAAGCUAGUACAGCGAUCACCACCAAUUCCAUGGAACCACAUCAACUACUCAUUUUUCCCUGAAGGAACAGCUCU